AACUUCAAAUCACAGAAGUUUCUAUUGGUUUCUAUAUUUCGUAUGUGGUGGAAAUACAAGUUGUAUAUAUAUAUGUGUGUGUGUCAUGUACAAGUGGGUUUUUGAGUUUUGAUCGAUGCUACAUAACGUUGCACUAAUUAAGUCGUUGAUUGUUUGGUGCAGCACUGUACCGAACCGAAAGCUCUAAAACCCUAACCGUGUUGCAUGCAGUUUUAUUUCCUCCUAUUUUAUCUUGAAAUUACGACAUAUAUACCUUGACUUUUGUGAUCAACCUGUCACCUGUCGACUCCUUGUUUCUGUACUUAGUGCACUUUGACCCGGGCAAAUAAAUAUGAUUUAGGAGACUAGUGUAACGCAAUAGAAGAUUAAAGAGAUUAGUUCGUCGUGACAGUGUUACCGCUAAAAAGAAACAUGGGUAAUAGAUCUAGUCUACUUUUACGAGAAGAGGAAAUAGCACGAAUCCAGGAUGCCACUGGAUUUACUCCAAAUCAAAUUGAACGCCUGUAUAGUCGCUUUACAAGUCUUGACCGUGGUGAUUGUGGCACGCUAAGCCGCGAAGAUUUCCUUAGAAUCCCAGAAUUGGCAAUAAAUCCAUUGGGUGAUAGAAUUGUCAAUGCAUUUUUUGAGGAAAGCGGGAAUGACCGAGUGAAUUUCUUAGAGUUUAUGCAAGUCCUAGCUCGUUUUAGGCCCAUUAAGAAAAACAGUCCUAACAGAUCAAAUUCCAGACAACAGAAAUUGAAGUUUGCAUUUAAAAUGUACGAUCUGGAUAAUGAUGAUUUAAUAUCAAAAGAUGAGCUUUUAGCUAUUUUGCAUAUGAUGGUUGGAGCUAACAUUAGUGAGGAACAGUUAACUAGUAUCGCAGAAAGAACUAUAUUAGAAGCUGAUGAAAACGGUGAUGGAAUGAUAUCAUUUAAAGAGUUCUGUAAGGCACUAGAACGAACAGACGUGGAACAAAAGAUGUCUAUAAGAUUCCUUAGCUAAUUUAUUUUAUGUUUCUUACAAUUAUGCACAAUUUGCUGAUGAGUUCCAAAAAUGUAUUAAAAUCGAUUCACUAAUACGACCAAGAAGUAAAGUUGCUUUUUUAUCUUA